AUGGCUGAUAAACUAUCCACCACUAAUUGUGUAACCAAAGUUUAUCAAGCUGCUCGUGACGGUUUUUCUGACCUGAUAUAUAUCUUAAAUCAUCUGAACACAGAAGAAAGAAAAACAGCCUUGGAGACAAAGACAAAAGAUGGCGAACUCAUCGCCACUGCUCUCAUCAUCGCUGCUUCUCAUGGACACCUGGCUUCCGUAAGGAUUCUUCUACACUACAAUGCAGAAAUUGAAGCUCGAUUAAAUCGAAAGAUUGGAAACAAAAUGUUUGAAGGUCUGACACCUUUGUGGUCCGUUGCCUUUUCAGGUUAUCUUGAUGUUGUGAAACUGUUACUCAAACAAAGUGUAGAAAUAGAAGUUCGAGCAACUCGAAAGACUGGAGACGAAAUUUUCGAAGACAUUGAAGUGCGAGCAACUCGAAAGACUGGAGACGAAAUUUGGGAGGGUUUGACACCGUUGUGGUCCGCUGCUAUUGUAGGUCAUCUUGAUGUUGUGAAACUGUUAAUCGAACAAAAUGCAGACUUUGAAGCGCGAGCAACUCGAAAGACUGGAGACGAAACUUGGGAGGGUUUGACACCUUUGUGGUACGCUGCUUUUUCGGGUCAUCUCGACGUUAUGAAAGUGUUGAUCAAACAAGAAGCAGACAUCGAAGCUCGAGCAACUAUAAAGACUGGAGACGAAAUUUGGGAGGGUUUGACACCUUUAUGGUGA